AUGGGUGAGGUAGAGCUUAAAGAUCUUGUUGUGAUUAUUACAGGCGCCGGCGGAGGCCUCGGAAGACAGUACGCGCUGGGCUUUGCCUCUCGCGGUGCCAAGGUCGUUGUGAACGACUUAGGGGGCACGCUUGGCGGAUCGGGCACGUCCACAAAGGCAGCUGAUGUUGUUGUCAACGAAAUUCGCACAGCUGGCGGCACGGCCGUCGCCAACUACGACAAUGUGGUGACUAAUCCUGAGGGAAUUGUCCGGACAGCUGUCGAGGCGUUUGGCACGGUGCAUGUUCUCGUCAACAACGCUGGAAUAUUGAAGGACGCUGCAUUCAAAAAUAUGACUGAAAAACAGUUUCUUGAUGUUCUGGACGUCCAUCUAAAUGGAGCAUUCAAGCUCACCAAACUGUGCUGGCCGCUGUUCCGGCAGCAAAAGUUCGGCAGAAUCAUCAUGACCGCGUCUCCCGCCGGUCUGUACGGCAACUUUGGACAGACAAACUACUCUGCUGCCAAAAUGGGGCUAGUGGGACUUGCAGAGACACUGGCCAAGGAGGGAGUCAAGUACGACAUCAAGGCAAACGCCAUUGCUCCGGUCGCCAAGUCCAGAAUGACAGAGACAGUCUUGCCACCAGACGUGCUAAAAAAACUGCUGCCCGAAAAGGUUGCUCCCCUGGUUCUGUAUUUGUCGUCCCGUGGUUGCAGCUGCUCCGGAUGCAUAUUUGAGGUGGCGGCUGGUCUUUUUGCGCAAAUCAGAUGGGAGCGCAGCAGCGGUCUCUUGCUCAAACCAGACAAUUCCUUCACACCAGAGGCCAUUCUCAACAGGUUCUCGGAGGUCACAGAUUUCAAGAAUGCUCAGCAUCCUACGCAGCUAAAUGACUACAACUCCUUGCUGGAAGAAGCAAAAAAGCUUCCUCCAAACGACCAGGGAAAUACCAGAAUAUCCUCACUGAAAGACAAAGUGGUCAUCAUCACAGGGGCAGGCUCGGGCCUCGGAAGACACCAUGCACUGUGGUUUGCCAGGUACGGUGCUAAGGUCGUUGUGAACGAUUUCCAGGACCCUUCAGGCGUGGUGGACGAAAUUCGGAAAGCUGGAGGGACAGCGGUUGGCGCUCGGUUUAACGUCUUCAGCGAGGCGGACAGAAUUGUUAAAACUGCGUUGGAUGCAUUUGGCACUGUCAACGUCCUUGUCAACAACGCAGGCAUCCUUAGAGACCGCUCUUUCGCCAAAAUGUCGCAGCAGGAGUGGGAUCACGUGAUCCAGAUCCAUCUGGUGGCCACGUUCCGGCUUUGCAAGCUUGUGUGGCCCAUUUUCCUCGAGCAAAAAGGCGGCAUCAUCAUCAAUACGACCUCGACGUCGGGAAUCUACGGCAAUUUUGGUCAGGCAAACUACGCCGCAGCCAAAGCUGCCGUUCUCUCAUUCACGCGCAGUCUUUCUUUGGAAGGUGCCAAGGCCAACAUUCGGUGCAACGCUAUCGCUCCGCACGCAGAAACGUCAAUGACGAAGACCAUAUUCAAGAGCGACGAGCUCAAUAAGUUCAGUCCUGAUCAGGUCUCGCCGCUUGUUGUUCUCCUGGCGAGCGACGAAGUGAAGGUGAGCGGCGAGCUGUAUGAAGUCGGUGCCGGGUGGAUUGGCAAUACGCGGUGGCAGCGGGCCGUUGGUGCAGUUUCUCACGACGAGCAUAUUGCACCGGAAUUUGUUGAGCAACAUUGGGCCGAGAUUACAGAUUUCAGUAAGGGCAUGAAUAUGAAGAGUGUCCAACAGUCAACAAUGGCUAUUUUGGAAAGCGUUGGGGGUAAAGAUGAAGACGAAGAUGAGGAUGAGGAGGAGAACGAAGAAGAAGAAGAGGACGCGUCUGACAAGGCCGAUGGAUAUUGCUAUGACCACCGGCAGGUGAUUAUGUACAAUCUCUCUGUUGGCUGUCACGCAGAAGAGCUCAAGUACGUGUAUGAGAACGACGACGAUUUCCAGGCUGUUCCAACAUUUGGCGUGAUUCCGUUCUUGAAUGAGGGAUCUGACUCGUUCGACUUCAGCGAUUUGGUGAAGAAUUUCGACAUGACCAAGCUUCUCCAUGGAGAGCACUAUCUAAAAAUUGCAAAGCAGAUUCCUACCUCUGGAAAACUCAAAACAAAGUCCUUCCCUGUUGCUGUGUUCAACAAACACAAAAAUGGUAAGAAGAACAGCUUGGUGAUUGAGGGAUACGAAACGUAUGACGAAAAGGGAGAGCUCGUUUUCUACAAUCAAGGGUCGUACUUUAUUCGGAACAGCGAGACCGUCAGUGGAAAAGACGAAAUAUUCAACAAGCGGUCGAUUCCGUUCUUGCAGAAUAGCUUCGAGGCACGGGGCCGGCCAGAUUUCGAGUCCACAUACAAAACAUUCACAGACCAGGCGGCAUUGUACCGUCUGAACGGAGACUUCAACCCGUUGCACAUCGAUCCUGUCUUUGCCCGCGGCGGGAACUUUUCGAGACCAAUUCUCCACGGACUAGGAACGAUGGGAAUCAGUGCCAAACUCCUAAUGGAUCAUUACGGCUUGUUUGACGAGAUCAAAGUGAGGUUCACCAACGUGGUGUAUCCAGGUGAGCAGCUCAAAGUGCUGGGCUGGAGGAGCGGCCAGACGGUGAUUUUCCAGACUUGGAGCGUCGAGAGAAACUGUUUGGUGAUUGACCGCGCCGGAAUACGUCUCAAACAAUCAAAGCCCAAGAUGUGA